AAGCAAAGCAUCGGCAAUAUCAUUCGCGACGAAUCAAUAUUCACAGCUAUGAAAACUACAUAACCAGAUAAGAUAGGUUAGCUGUGGUUUUGACGGAUACUGCCAGUGAAGACUCGUUAGCAGCUAAAUUAAGCUGUGCUGGAGUUACAGUCCCGAGUCACAGCAAAAUAAGGUCGGGAAACAAGCAGCUAAAUCACAAUUUGAAGUGAGACGUCUUGCCUCUUCAAACAUGCCCAGGAGACUGACUCCAGUUAGCAGGAGAAGAUGGCAGUCCUCUGUUAUUGACAGUACCGGCAAGGGCUCCUAUAGGAUAGUUUGUAGGGGGGCCUAGACCUAUCUGGCUAUUUUCUGGUUGGGAUAGAACUGACCAAAACUAGGAAGAAUUUCAGUGUCUCUGUCUCCUAAGUUUUCAGAUGAGACAUAAAGUUCCAAAGGUAUUCCCAUUGGAAAGAUGGAAUGGAAAUUCGUAGGAGCCUGUUUCUUUGUAAUAUGGAUGGGUAAGACGAACAGUCUUGAGAGUAGAAGCAAUUUAUGUAGACCUCGACGCUCUUAUACUUUAGACUGUGCUCAUCAGAUGGGCAUAAGUCAAGGUGGAUGCAGUGCUGUAAUUGAAAGAAACAAUACAGCAUGCUGGGAUAUGAGUUUUCCUUCAUGGAACAGUCCACCCUUAAAUGGAAGACAUUUCAAGCUAAAAACAUACUGCUACAAUAAUGGUGCUUAUCAACGAACAGGCCUUAAUGCUACCAUAAACUCUGGGAGUUGGACAGAAGCUGCCUUUAGAUUCAAAAUUGAGGGGAAGAAUUAUGUUUCCUGCGUACAAUUUAUCCAUAAUGCUAGUAUAAAUGACAACUUUAUGUUGUUUUAUGACUGCAUAUGGCAUGAAAAUGAUCUUUAUGGAGAACAAAUGAAAGUAGACUACUUCCUGAAAGACCAGAACAGAGAUACUAUGGAAUUUGGAAGUUUCCACUUUAUUCUUCCACAGUGUCACUUUAACGAGAUAGGAGAUCAUGUUUUAGAUAUUUCAAGACAUCAAACUUUUAUCUAUGUUGAUGAAAAAGCAUCGUCAUUUUCAACAAUCCAUAUCCAGAAAAUGCCUGUGGAUUACCAAGUCAGCUCUUACAUUAUAAAAAAAUGUCACACUUGUCAAAGUAAUUUAAACAAAACACUUGAAUGUUCAAAGGCAUACUGUACUACUGAAGAAAAAAUCAAGACAGAUAUAAAUGAGGAAGAGAUUGUGUUAAAAGUACCAAAUAGUGGAAAUGAGACUUGCUUCUAUGUCACUGUAGAAGCUGUUUGUCAUAAUUGCUCUACCAGUAACUGGUGUGUGGCUCGCUCUGUUUUGUUGAUACCAAGCAAGACAGGUCUCACAGCUCUUCCUUUCAUUGUGGUUCCAUUGUGUUUCUUAAUUGUGUUGGCAUUGUCAUACAUAUAUUGCACCACAAAGCACAGAACAGUGGAUGGUAACAGCUACAGGCGCCCAACAGUCCUACUUGUUUACAACCCAGUGCAUGAUAUUCAUGUCCAAAUAAUUAUGGGUGUUGUGAAACUUAUGACUCACUGUUGUGGAAUUGAUGUGUUGUUUGCUGACACUGAUAUAGCAAAAUCAAAAGAAAAGAAUCCAUUGGUUUGGUACAACAGGGCAGUUUCAGAGGUGGACUACAUUGCAGUUGUUUCUGCACUGUCAUCUCUAAAUAAAAGCUGUUCUACUUAUAACAAUAUUUUUCAAAUUGGUAUGACAGUUGUAGAGGAAACAAUAAAGAGAAGUUCUUCAGCUGUUAAAUUUUUUAAUAUUAGUUUUCCAUAUAAUUUGAAAAAUGAUGUCCCAAUUAAAACAAAGUGUCAUGAAAAUUUCAAUUUGAUGAAACAGUUUGAUGAUAUGGUUAUAUAUGUACACAAAAGUGUGAGCAGUGUAAGAGGACAACCUUUAAAAUUAAAAGUGCCUAAAAGAGUGAAUAGAUGGACAGGAUACAAGUCUCUUCCAGAUUAUUUAGAGCUGUGUAAGAACAUUGAGACCAUGGAGAAAUUAGUUGCACAAGAAGAAGGUGUUAGCUUAAGUACUACAGAGGAUAAUUUUGUUAUGAGUGCUUUUCUUGAGAGAACAGUACCUGUUCAUAAUAUUGCUGAAUAUAUUAAUAAUACCACAGAGAGAUCAGUUUCUGCUCCUGCCCAUAAUAUUGCUGAACAUAUUAGCAAUAUAACAGAUGUUCCUGUGAAAGAAUCAAGAAGUGAUUUAGAUCAAGAAUACCAGAGCUUGCAAGAACUACUUCAAAGAAAUGAACACAGUACCCAUUCCUCAAGAGAAACUGUUGAUGAAGAUUCUAAGCAUCUUAUAAAUACACAUGCUUUCUCAAGAGAUGCUUUUGUUACUUCUGUAGAUAAAUUUCUUGACCUGGAUGGAUUACUGUAAACUCCCAUAACCCACAAUCCAUUCCAUUCAAGGCCAGUACAAUACCAAAGAAAUGUUUCUCAAAUUUAAUGUUCACCAUGUAGCUUAGAGUCAUGCUAAUUUCUUAUUGUACAUAUCCUGAUCCCACAUGUGGUUACCUCCACAUUGUAGUGUUGCAUGUAGAUUCUGCAUGGCUUUUAAAGAAAAUUAAUUUAUAUUUGUGUCCAAUUGUGUCUCCUUUCAUGUUCAUUAAUACAAAAGAGGAAGCCUGAAUAUUGUUUGCCACUAAUAACAAUCUCUAUUUUGUCAUUGUUUCAUACUCAUCAGCCAUAGACUUUCUGGUUAUACUUAGAUAUCUAGUAGGCAAUGUAACAUUUUAUUAAUGUCUCAUGUGAAUUAUAUCAACUAUAGUUUUGAAAUUACUGUCAAAUGUAUGUUUCAAAGAGAUUUUUAAAUUUAAAAAAUACAAAUCUUUGAAUUGUGAUGGCAUUUCUCCUAUUUUUCAGUUCGUUUUUACUCUGUUAUGGUUUUGGACUUUUUUCUUAAAUGGUUUGAAUUUUUGCAUUAUUUUUAUGUAUUUAUUUUGCUCAGUUUGUUCAGUCACAAUAUCACACUAAAAAUAUAAACAAAUUUUGUCUCAAAUAAGUAACAGUUCAAACAAAGCACACUGCAUGCAAAACUUUAAGCACCACAUACACAUACAGAACUCUCCAGCUUGAACAAAUUUCUGUUAACAGCAUUUUUUAAAAAGUAUAUAAAAUAUAUUUUGCAUCAAUAGUAGAGUGAUAUAGUCACAGAAGCAAUGUGUUUUACUGGCUAAAUGAUAAAAAUAAUGGUAAUUGUAUUAACUUGUUGUUAAAUGAGUUUCUAGAUGGAAUAUGGGAAAACAUCAGCAAACUGGAGUCUGUUAGAAUUAGCUUUACAUUGGUAGGGUAACAUGAUUUUAGCAGUUUGAGGUUAAAAAGUAAUUUUUAUGUAUGUGGUUUAUUCUUAAAGAAGGAAGCACAUGAUUUAAAUUUUCCAAUGAACUACUGUCACAACCAGGAAACCUGAUGCUUUUUAUGUUCAACUCAUGAAGAUGAACCAAAACAAUGCCGUGAUUGCACUGGAUAAUGUUUAUUGAUAUUAUGAUGUUCCUAGUGCAUCUAUAGAUCUGAGCUCUCUACAUACUUGUUACUGUACAUCUGUUUUGGCAUUUUGUAUAUGUUUUGUUCUUUAUUAUAUUAAGAAAAUUGUGGCAUGAGAGUGUUAUGUGAAUAAUGUUAUUGUUUAUGGCUGUUUGCGUGGCAAGAUUAUCAAUUUUCUUGUCAAGUUCUUUACUAUAGUGACCUUUUACCACAGGAAGUUUAUUAUUACAUCUCUCCUAUAAUAUUUUUCUAGUUUUUGAGCAAUAUUUAUGGUGUAAACAGCAGAAGUGUUGUUUCAUUUAUGGUUCUGAAAAGCGAAUUGUAUGCAAUAGUAAUUUCUUAUGCAUAUGUGUUUUUUGGGUACAAAUUUCUUUCGCUGCAGCUAUAAAUGCUGUAGUAUACCUGUAAACAGAUUGUGGAAAUAUGUAUUUUUCUUGUUUUACAGGUGUAGUACAACUGUUGUAGAUUACCAGUGGGAUACUCUCAAUUUCUGUUUUAUCAUUGAAGGUGGUAUAAUUUGAACUGAUAUUGGGUUUCUAGGUAUUAUGUUUAUUCAUAUAAUUAACUGGAAGUAGUUUCAGAGAGUUUAUAUACUGUUGAUCAAAUACUGACACUAGUUUAAUCAAAGAGAAAAUAUUUUCAUGCUAUGUACUAUAAGUAUAUCAUGGUGUAUUUGUGUGCUGCACUAAAUAUGUAAUAGCUUAGUGCAGUUUUAUCACUUAUAAUGUCCUAAAAACAUCUACCUGCUAGUAUUAGUUUCUUUAUAUGCAGUGGUUUUUCUUUGACAUCCACCAGCAGAGCAUUUCCUGUGGUAAAUCUCAAAGCUCCCACAAGUGUGUGCGUAAUCAAACUGUAAUAUAUCCAGUUUUUCCAAAA